AUGUCUGGUCCCUCCACAUCCAACGAGAGGUCCACUAACCAUGGCCAGGGAUUAAAUCCCCAUCAACAACAACAUUUGCAGCAGCAGCACCUCCACCACGCGUCGCAGUUGGACCACACCACUGCUGCCGCUAUUGCGUUGGGCCAUGAAAUCCCAAACCCCGUUAUGGCCCACCUGGACGAGGAGGCCCGCUACUUGGGUCUUAACCCAGCUGCCGCUGCUCAGUUGCAACAACAACAGCAAUUGCAACAGCAGCAGAUGCACCACCAGCACCAAUUGCAUCACCACCACCACCCUCAGCUUCAUCAACAGCAGAUGCACCAUCCUUUGCAACAACAACACCACAUGCCGCAGCACCAUUUGCAGCAGCAACAGCUCCACCAGCAGCACCAGUUCCAGACGGCGCCUAUGGAGUUUGAGAAUGGUGGUUUCCUUGUGUCGAGACAUGGUGAGGGUGACAUCAUCAAGACCUUCUCUUCCAAGCAAGAGCUUGUCAAGUACGUCAAGACGGUGUUGAACGAGGAGGAACAAUGUAAGAUUGUUAUCAACUCGUCGAAGCCAAAGGCCGUGUACUUCCAGUGUGAGCGUUCUGGUUCUUUCAGAACCACUGUUAAGGAUGCCGCCAAGAGACAGAGAGUUGCUUACACUAAGAGAUCCAAGUGUGGUUACAGAUUGGUGGCCAACUUGUACCCACCUGACAAGGAUAAGGCUAAGAAGAUGAAGAAGGAAGCUGACUUUGAUGGCUACCCAGAUGACGACAAGAAGGACCUGGAGAUGUGGAUCUUGAGAAUGAUCCACCCAGCCCACAACCAUCCUCCUGAGCCCAACUUCGCCUCCGGUGGUGGCGGCAAGAAGAAGAGAGCCAAGUACACUAGAACUUUGGUUGAGAAGCCAUUGAACCGUGGCAACAACGGCACCGCUGCUGCAGUGGCUGCCGUGGCUGGUUACCCAGAGGCCCUGCUUCAUGACCACCAGCUCCUUCAGCAACAGCACUACCUUCAGCAACAGCAGCAGCAGCAGCUUCACCACCAACAGCUUCAGCACCACGCUCACCAUGGUCAGCACCACCACGACGAUGGUAACCACCCAUCUGUCCAGGAUGUGGCUGUUAUUGCUGCCAUGGAGGCCGCUCCUGGCAACCACAGCUUGCUGAACCCACCUGUGGACCCUAACAUUGACAGCGUCGACCCAAACGUGGAUCCUAGUGUACAGCAGCAUGACCAUGCCCAUGGCCAUGUACACUAA